AUGGAGAUCAUUGGGAUAUCAUUUCUAAUUAGCUGGGUAACAGAGGCAUUAGGUGAGUGCGGGAAGGGGUACGCUUAUAUACGAUAUUGGAGUUUUUACACUCUUUUAAAUCUGAAAAUGGGGGAAUAUAUUCUAUUCCGCUAUGUUACAAUUCCAAUAAAUUAUUAAUAAAUAUCAAGAAUGAACAAGAGUAUUUCUAGAUAAAUUAUAUGAAACAUGCUUGAUUAACAUAUAUAUAUAUAUAUAUAUCUAUAUAUAUAUAUAUAUAUUAUAUAUCAAAAUAAUCUAGAUAGAAUGUACAAAAUGCAGAAUAUUAUUACCACAAUCUCCGCCAUAUUCAAGGCAUUUACUUAAUUAAAGCUCUUGUUCAGUAACCUAGUUAAGAUGGCAUCACCUAAUACAUGCCACGGGCACAUCUAAUCUAUGGAAUACUUAAAUAUUAAUAAUGUUCAUAACUUUUUGUGAUUCGGAUACAUAAGUUUUAUUUUGUGAUCUUUCUCUAACCAUAUGUUCAUUAUUGUUUGUUCAAAACAGGUUUGACGGCAAACAAAAACAUUAAAGGUGAUGGCUUUGUGGUAACUGUAAGUCCUUCUGAAAAGAAGAGCCGCAAAAAUGUCAAAACACUGCUUCAAAAUGCAAAGAGGAUUAUAAGAAAAAUCAAAAUGAAUGUUGGAAAAAACCUUGAAAUUUAUGGAAAUAAAACAUUAUGUGUUCAGAUGAAGGCAAGCAAACGGCAUAUCAGGUGCCAGAAGAAACCAUGUGUUCCUCAAAAAGAACAACCUGUGUCUGGUAUAACCACACAGGACUCAUGUGGUGCUUCAAUCAAUCAAGGACUCACUACUUCCAAUACCAUGGAAUUAGACACAACAGAUCAUCUGAUAGGAAGUUCUCUACCUCCUAACAAACAGAAAGCAAAUAAAUCUUCAAACAUCAAAAAUGAAAUAUUACAUCAGAUUGCUGCUCAUUACAAAAAAGAAUUUCUACAUAAGAACGAAACAACUUUUCUCCAAGAAUCAUAUCUGCCAAUUGUGCCAGAUAAAGUGGUUGAACCAACUGUUCCACAAAACGUAAAUGAACCAACCGUGCCAGAUGAAGUGGAUGAAUCAACUUUUCUACAAAGCGUAAAUGAACCAACCGUGCCAGAUGAAGUGAGUGAACCAACUUUUCCACAAAACGUAAAUGAACCAACCAUGCCAGCUCAAGCUGAUGAACAACCUGUGUCACAAGAAACAGGUCCUAGUGACAUACCUGAGAAGGACCAAGAACAACACACAUAUGUGCAUUGUGUUGACAAAAAGCAAGAUGGGCAAUGGCUGCCAUGGCUCAACCUUACACAAGAGCACAAGGACAUUAUAAUCAACGAUGAGUGGUUAGAUGACACAAUAAUUGAUGCUGCCCAGACUCUUCUUAAAAAGCAGUUUGAUACAGAUGGAUUGCAGAGCUGUAUCCUAGCACAAUUUGGCAUGAUGCCUGUGACCAGGGAGGCUGUUCAAAUUCAUUAUGAUGUGAACCGUCACCACUGGUUCACAACAGCCUUCAAGAAAGGGAUUGUUGAGGUUGUGGACAGUUUAAGAACAUCACGCCUGUCUCCUUCAGCCAGAAGAGAGAUUGGCCAAUGCUACGGUAAUGUCAUGAAGUACCCACUUAAACGAGUUCACAUGCGGAACGUGGACCAGCAACCAAACUAUGACGAUUGCGGUGUUUUCGCAAUUGCAAAUGCUUUUGAGUUGCUCAGUGGUAGAAACGCAACAUGCAAAUAUCUUCAUGGUCAAAUGAGAAAACAUCUAAUCUCUUGUUUGGAGAAUGGAAAAAUCACAGAGUUCCCAAAAAGAUUUUAA